AUGGAACAGCUCUCCAUAUGCUGGAUCAGCAGUGAGGAACAGUCUAAAGUUCGGAUGAGGCUUCAGGUGUCUUGGAUUUCCGUCAGCGUCUGUGCAUUCGUUGAUGAUCAGCGAACCGUCCAUCUCCAGAAGAGAAUUCAAUCUAUCCAGAACACUUGGACUACAGAGGUUGGCGUUGUCCAGAACAAGCCAGUAUCCCUUCUCCACUGCCUGGACCAGAAGACUGUCGAACCAGCGGAACUUGAUCUUGUCUCCUUGGUUCAGUUUGUGAGCCAAAACGGAAACUCGGCAUUGGAUAGGAAGUCAAUAAAUCUCAAAGUGUGCUUCAAAACAGAGCUAUCUCCACUGUUGGUGAGCAGAUUGUACGCUGCCAGUUCCAUGAGCAAUUCUUUUAGAUCUUUGGCAAACUCAGAAAUUUCUCUGGACAAAUCGUCCUGUUCGUAUCCACCAAGAAUGUCCAUACUGUCAAUAUCGCUGUUCAUGGAGAACUCGUACAGCUUGGUACCCAGAAUUCCCGAAGCGAAUCUGAUCAGCUCUGUUUUCCCCGAAUUGGAAGGUCCAACAAGAAUUAAUGGCCAUUGUUUUUUGACACAACGAAGAAGAGUUUCCAAGACAGAGUAG